AGUUCGACGCGCAGACUCGGUCCCUCCUCCCUCGCGCACCACCACUACUAAGAACGCGAGAACUCUAGCUCAUUUCUCCAGGUAAAAACUCUCCGCCGUCUACUCGCCGUUUCCUUACCUCGCGCCUUACUCUCUCUCUCUCCCUCGAUCUGUCUUGAGAGAAUCGUUUCCCGAGGAUUUUCGGGAAGUUGACGCUGCCGACUUGACGGGAGAGUCGUGACAGUUGUUUUCAGUGCGGCGCUUGAAACUGGCGUUGGAUUUUCGGGUUAAUAUAAGCGCGAUAUAUCGCACGCGGUUAAACGUGCUGCCAGGCUCGCGGUGUGUGCGCGCUUGUAUCGCGCCAGCAUGGGUGUAUGAAAAUAAAGGAAAACAACAUCGCUAUUUUUGAGUAUUAUGGAAUGUCACGGCCUAUUUUUUUGAUUCCUACGGAUUUCCUGUCGGCCUGAUCUCGUUUCUCGGCAGAUCUUACUCUCUCUCCGUGUGCCUGUAGCUAAUGCCCAUCACACGGACACAUACACACAUCAACAGUCAUCGCCGUCAUCGUAUACUAAACGCUGCUGUCGUGGAGAGAAAGACGGAGACAGCGGAGUAUAGGCAUUUGCCCCCGCAGCAGCAGCAGCAGCGCGCACGGAGCACGGUGUAUUCAAGCCUCUGCUAGUAGUGCGCGAAGCAUCAGCAGCAGCCGAGAGAAGAGAGCAGAGCAGCAGCACUACUAACGCGCCUCUAAGCGGCGGCGACGGCGGAUGUGGUGCGUGUUUUUACCGUCGUGUGGGACACUACGACUACUACCGCUGCUACGGCACUGACUGCGGAUUUUAACGAGCUUCCCACCCCAACUCUCAGCGCUCUCUCUCUCUCUACGUACAUACGUCCAGUGCGUUUCUCCCUGCCGAACGAGGAGGAGCAUAAUAUAUCGGAGUCGCGUGCUGUCGCCGAAAAGUAAGUGUCGAAUAGCUCUCUAGACAACAGAGACACGCGCGUGCCGUCGCACGAGUUCGAGAGAGUGAGCAGAGAAGGCAGCAGAGGAAGCGGAUAGUGGAGUUUUAGUGCUGCUUCGUAUACAAACUCCGUUUUCAUCCCCAAGAUUGUGCUAAGGGAAACACAGCCAAACUGGACGCCUUAAACUCCGACUCGUUCAUCGAGGACCAGAUGAUGGAUUCGUCCGGGACGACGCCACCGGCUGCGCCGUCCUAUCCGGGCGGUGAUCGGCAGCAGUUCUGUGUGUCAUGGAACUCGCACCAGUCCAACAUGCACAACGCCUUCCCGAAACUGCUCAGCAGCGAGCAGUUCGUCGAUGUGACCCUCGCUUGCGACGGGGGUUCCAUCAAGUGUCACAAGGUCGUAUUGUCGGCCUGUAGUGACUAUCUCGAGCGUCUGCUCCUCGAGAUUCCCUGCAGCCACCCGAUCAUCUUCCUCAGGGACAUGCGCAUGUGGGAACUGCAGGCCCUCGUCGAGUUCAUGUACCGAGGCGAGGUUUACGUCGAGCAACAGCAACUCGCCAAGCUCAUGCAGGCGGCUGAGGCUCUACAGGUCCGUGGUUUGUCGACCCAAGGUCGGGACAGCAACAGCGGCUCGUCGGACAACGUGUCGUCGCACAUGAACAGCAACUCUACCCCAGCAAAGCCAUCGCCACCAAAACCCACAACCGCUACCUCGUCGACAGCCUCAUCCGCGGGUGCGCCCGACUAUCCUGGCUGCGACGACAACCAAUCCAAUGACGACGGAUCUGAAUCUGACUUCCUCAGCAGCAGCGCACUGGCGAGCACUCUCCCCGCUGGCCUGGCACCCACCUCUGGACCCCAAGAUCCCAAUGCAGUAAACAACCCUCUUAGCGCCACUAACUUCAUGAACAUGGAGCACAGCGAGGCGCUCCAGCACCUCGAGAAGGCUCUUAGCGCGUGCGAGGCUACUCUCACCGAAACCCCGGGCAUGGUCAAGAUGGAGCCUGAUGAGCACCAGUUGCUCCAGCAGCAGGAGAAACCUUACUCCAUCAGCGCCGUACCAGUCGGGAAUUGCGCACCAGGAAGCCCGUUCCCGGCUAUAGAAGGUUAUCAAAGACGACAGCGACGAUCUGAAGCCGAACUCAAGCAAGCUUCGGAUCUGGUCGCGCGUGGCAUGACCUUCCAAGUGGCCUCGGAAAAAUACAACAUCCCCAUCAGCACAAUUCGGUUCUACAUGGCACGCAAGGGCAUCUUGCAGAGGCGAAAGCGCGGCCGCGGCUCCAGCCAGGUCGGCGGUACCAAUAGCCAGCCUAGCAGCCCCGCGUCGCCGCCCUUCCACAUGAUGAACUUCCGCCUCCCGGAGAGCCUCAACUCCAGCCUACAGUAGUGUAACGCGGCGCAGUAGUAAGUUUUGUAGAGCCAGAGAGCAGAGCCCGAGGGAUUAUAUUGACAGAAUUAACGGAUAACAAACAAAAAAAAAAAUUAAUGAAUAAUGUGUAAGUGUCGCCCACAACACUAGAGCUGUUUCGAAGACGCGCUUCCGAUCCCUCAAUUUUCUUCCGUAAGAUUAGGACCUCUUCUUCCACGAGAAUGUGUGACACUUAUUAUAGAGCCUGUUGAGGAAACAAAAAUGUUCGAGAGAAACAAAAACUACCGAUAUUCCUGUUAUGAUUUUUACUAUACCGUUACUACUGCUGGAACUGCUAUUACUGCUACUACAAUUACCGCUACUUUAUCCACUUUAUUUUUUUAACGUAUUUUUUAAGCGUACGCGUAGGACACAGCUCCUAUUAUUAUUAUUAUCUUUAUGAUUAUUAUUACGGAAACGCGAUUAUUAUCGAGUAAACUCAUGACUUUUCAUAUACAGUUUUACGAGUCUAGAACAGCUCUAUGCCGUGUAUAUAUAAAUGAAUAUUGUAUGAAACAAAAAAGUAAAGACAAAUUGUAUGAAAAAUACGUCAAGCGGCACAGCACGAGGCAAUCAAUGCUCGUAUUUAAGACACAAUACACUAAAGAGACCACCGAUGAGAAGUUUACGCGCAUCUCUCGGGUCUUGGAUUGAUGUAGAGGCUAAUGCUUACGUAUUCUUUUUUUUUAUAUAUUUCGUUAUUUUAUACUUUUAUCAGUAAUUGAUAAACACUCAUAUAUACUCGCGUCAACGUACGUACGUAUUAUUGACCUUCCUGACACGAAUACACGUAUAGGCCACGUUAGUAGACUUAUAUUUUAUUUAUUGCUCAUACUUGCGCUAAUCAUCAUCACGUAUUAUAACAAAUACAUACCCGCCAUCACUCGGAUCUCGCGACGCGAUCUAACUUUCUCACUCAACAGAAGAGAGAAUGAAGCUCAUAGGCGACGAUAAUAAGUAAGGGAUUGAUUCCCUCGUGCUGAAUGUUCCGUAGGGACGAGAACCUAUAACGUUAGGCACCGUAUAUUAUAUUUUUUCUUCUGUUGCGCUCUUUACCUAGUGACAGAUUACGAAUGAGGAACCGAGAGAGGAAAAGAGUAAAAAAAUAAUAAGGGAAAUAAUAAUAAUAAUAAUAAUAACUUGUAUGAACGUAUGGCGAUAGAUACUGUAGGUAUUGAGUCUGAAACUCUAAAUUUCGUGACGCGCGAGUUUUUAUAAACGUGCAUCAAAUCUUUAUUAUUAAUUUAGUUACACUAUUAUAAUUAUUAUUAUUAUAUUAUAAUCAUUUUGUAAGAUAUAUAAACGUUCUUAUAUUGUGUGUCCACUGGUACAAUGCGCGUGACCUUGCAGUGGGCCGCUUUUUCGAUUCAACGUUCUCAAGUUCCUGCUCGACUCGAGGCUCUCGCAUUUUGUCACGAUGGACGGGUUCUUGUCUUAUGUAUUUACUCUUUUUUUGUAUUUUUUUCGUUUUUUUUUUUAGCAACGAAUGACAGUCACUAUGUACAAGAUUGAGAAACACUCGGUGUCACCCGCGCGCCCGUGUAAUCUUGUAAUAAUUGUAAUAACUUUAGCGGAACGAACGGCAAAAUCCUAACUCUCUGUUUGCACCGCGUCUACUCUCCCCAUGUUCUCUCUAGCAUAGAUAUUUUUGUAGCAGUACGUAUACAAUACAAUGUAUACAAACACGAAAUAUUAAAAUUGAAAUAUCGAGGCGCAAAUUUUGUAACCAACGUUGACUACGUAUAUGUAAAAGUAAAGCCAGACCGAGUGUUUCCAAGUGAUGUAAGAUUCCCCGUCAUUUUUUUUAAACGCGGAUAAGGACAUUUUUGUUAAUAUACAAACACUACUUUCGUUGAUCAUCGCGACUGUUUUGAGAUUUGUAUACAGGAUUAGAAAACAAAAUGAUAGCUCGCUUAGGGGUUAGGCAUGCGAACUAUAUGCGUGUAAGAUAUCCUACAGCGAAACAAUUUUUUGCGUUUUUGUAGUGUGUGAAAGAAAAAGAUAAAGAUACAAUGUAAUGUCGAAAGCAAAUCUUGCAAGAAACUCUUUGUUAAAUUUUUACACAGAAUCAAAGUCACUGAAUGCAAAAAAGUCUAACAACAAAGGUCUAAAAGUUAUUCCUCUAAACAAAUACAUAAGUUUUUAAAAAAGAAAUAAUAAAGAAAUGAAUUAAAGGCGAAGCACGAGAACUAGAGUUUGGCGUUUAUUCGCGAAGAAAACUCGGAGUCUGCCUAUAAUAUACAGCUUCGGAUCAAGCAUCACGCGCGCGCGCGAUUAAGAAAAUAAAAAAUACACGAGAAAUGCAGAGAAAAUUAUUAUUACCGAUGCUUUUAUCGUAUUUAGUGUACAAAACAGAAUAAAAAAGAAAGAAGUAACGAAAGAAAAAUAAUAAUAAAAUAGUUAAAUAAUAAUGCGGGAGAGAUAGAGAAAAAGCGGAGAAAGGGGGAGUUAUUUGACAAAAAAUAAAACACAGUAUAACGAAGCUGAUCUUAGAGACACGUUUGCCGCGCGAACGGCGACGACUCGGUUAGCAGCGGCGAUUAUCCUCGGCUCUGCUUCCCGAGCCUUCGUCGUUUUGUUUGAAAAUCGCGGCGCACUGCCUUUUCUUUGAUGAUUCUCAUGAUAUAUACAAAAAAAAUAAUAAUAAUAAUAUUAAACAUGACAAGAGCAGCAGCAGAAGCAGCAGCGCGACGAUGCCGGUAUGAUGCAUUGCCAACGAUGCUACCCUCCCCCCUUGUUAUAAACGUAAAAUAGCCUCGUUCAAAACAUAGCCAUAUUUUUCCAUAAUCGAUGCAAUAAUCAAGCAGAGUACACUGAUUAAAAUAAAUAAAGAGAAAAAUGAUGCCGUAAACCGUGUGAAGAUGACAAAAGUAGCUGUUGGAAAGAGUGCCGAAUACACACAAGACAUAAUUAAGCAUACACUGUAACUGUAGUUACUGAGUAUAUAAGAAUGUAUCCUCGUCUUUUUUAUACUUCCUUCUUAUCGUAGUAGAAGAUAUUUUUUUAACUACAAAAAUUUAUAACUUUCGCUUGUACGAGAGUAUCACAUAAAUAGACAGUUUUUUAUUUUGUCGCCAAUGUAGGACCAUUUCAUUUUAGCGUGUAAUCAUUAUUGCUAUACUAUUAUAUUACUAGUUACUAUGUCCUAUUUUACUAUUAUAACUUUUAUCAUUAUCAUUAUUAUUAUUAGUAGUAACAAUCGUCAUGAAUCAUUAUUAGUUUAUCUUUGUCACGAAUUGCGCAUAGAAUAUCGUCGUCGCUAUAACAUAACUUGCAUAAUGAUAUUUAUGACUCGCCGUAUUUUUUUUAUCGCUCAGCUGCUCGUCAGCACUAGUACCGAUAGUAUACGUAGCCCUUUAUCGCCGGGUGUCAACAGUGAAACCUCGCGCGCGAUCCGGAACAAGUAUUCUUUUUUUAGUUUUCGUCCGACUGUAUCUGUAACCAUCGCCUAUAACAAAAAAUAAAUGAACAAAACAAGUAA